GGCUUUGGAGAGCCGGUCGCAGCGGCGAAAACAUGGCGGACGUGCUCAGUGUCGGAGUGAACCUGGAGGCCUUCGCCCACGCCAUUAGUGCCAUCCAGGCGCUGCGCUCCAGCGUGAGCAGGGUGUUCGACUGUCUGAAGGAUGGCAUGCAGAACAAGGAGACGCUGGAGGGCCGGGAGAAGGCCUUCAUUGCUCACUUCCAGGACAACUUGCAUUCGGUCAACCGGGACCUCAAUGAGCUCGAACGCCUGAGCAAUUUGGUGGGCAAGCCAUCUGAGAACCAUCCUCUGCAUAACAGCGGCCUGUUAAGCCUGGAUCCUGUGCAGGACAAAACUCCUCUCUAUAGUCAACUCCUUCAAGCGUAUAAGUGGUCGAACAAGCUGCAGUACCACGCCGGCCUGGCUUCCGGCCUCCUGAACCAGCAGUCGCUGAAACGCUCCGCCAACCAGAUGGGGGUGUCCGCCAAGCGCCGGCCGAAGGCUCAGCCCACCACCCUGGUCCUGCCGCCGCAGUAUGUUGACGACGUGAUCAGUCGCAUUGACAGGAUGUUUCCCGAAAUGUCCAUCCACUUAUCCAGACCCAAUGGAACCUCUGCGAUGCUCCUGGUGACCUUGGGGAAGGUGCUGAAAGUGAUCGUCGUCAUGCGGAGCCUGUUCAUCGAUCGCACGAUAGUGAAGGGGUACAGCGAGAACGUCUACACGGAGGAUGGCAAGCUCGAUAUAUGGUCCAAAUCUAACUACCAAGUAUUCCAGAAGGUGACGGACCACGCCACCACCGCGCUGCUGCACUAUCAGCUGCCCCAGAUGCCCGACGUUGUGGUCAGGUCCUUCAUGCGGGUUGUCCCCGCCCUCCCCCAGGCGUGUCAGGCCUCAUCGUGACCAUGAGAGAUGACCUCUGAAAUCUGAUGAGAAAGAAGGCAUGUUGACCUCAGGGAGAAGCCUCACAUGGACGUCUGCGCAGCAUCUUCCUCCGCACGCACCUGUGACCACUUCUUGGCCGUGAGCAGGAGAGGAUCGAUACUAAUAUUCAGAAGACACAGGACUCAGAAAUGAAAUGUGGCCACAUGCGGCCCCCCCAAGCCACAAGGCUGUGGGAUGGGUCACGGCCCCUCCUCCGGGAGCACUUCCUGCCUUUGAGAGUACGAAUUUCUAUUUAAAACCUCCCCCAGGUGGGAGGGGCCGGGGCAGCGGCAGCGCUGAGAAUCAGCAGUGUUGUGACCUUGCCGUGACCUCCGCAUGCAGCCUUCUGUAAAAUCACGGGGCAUCUUCUGGAGUCACAGCCACCUCGGGUUCUCUGUCCCCGAGGCCAUGAGGCUCAGACAGGAAGGCUGACGCUGGAGGUGCCCGGCUUCCGUUCCUUUCAUUCUC